CUAUUGUUAGAGUAGGGAGAGAGAGUAGAGAGAGAGAGAGGGGGUGGGUGGUUUGAGGGUAAGUAGCUUAGAAGAGAUUAGUUUGCUUUGUGGAGGAAAAGUCCUUCAUACAGACGUGACUACAGACGUGGUGUGCUUCUGUCCCACCGAUCACAGUGACAAGUGUCUCAGUGUGUAGAUUACAUGACCACCUUGCGGCCAUCUAUGGAAGACAGAGGUAAGAUGCUGACCAGUGUAGUGGAGGAGAUCCGUCGAGCAGUCACCAGGAACAUCAGUGGAGCUCAGCUUCUCCACACGCUGCUACGGGCCCCAUGGCUGUAUGGCCUUCUCAAGGUGUACGACUGUCUGCUGGACUUUAAGAUAAUGGACCACAGGCCCACCUUCCCCGAUGCCUCCGGCCUCGCCUACCAAAUUAUGGAUGACUUGAAAACGGUUCAGUGUUCUGAUGAAGGCAGGGAACUCUACAAGAUCCUCCAAUCACCACACAUACAGGCCCUCCUGUCAUCCCAUGACAGCAUCGCCCGGUUGGACUACGAGCCGGUCUUACCUCCUCUACCAGAAGAGCUUCCAGGAGACCAGGACGCCAUGAGGAUCGUCUGCCUGGUGAAGAACAACCAGCCGCUGGGUGCCACUAUAAAGAGGGAUGAGGAGACAGGGGAGAUCUACAUCGCGAGGGUCAUCCACGGAGGCCUGGCAGACCGCAGCGGUCUUCUCCACACUGGUGACCUCCUCCUAGAGGUAAAUGGUAACCCAGUGGAGGGUCUGGAGCCGGAGCAGGUCAUCCAGAUACUGAUUCAUUCUCAGGGAACCAUUCUGUUCAAAGUCAUCCCAAACAAACCGCAGACCACUGCCACCAACUCCUCUGUCUUCAUGCGGGCCAUGGUGGACUACAGUCCCCAGCAGGACUGGUCCCUCCCCUGCCCUGACGUUGGCAUGUCCUUCAGGAAGGGCCAGCUGCUGGAGGUGGUGGACCAGACGGACGGACACUGGUGGCAGGCAAGACGGCUGCCCACCACCUCUUCCUGCGCCGGCCUCAUCCCGUCGACUAGCAUGCUCAAGAGCAAACAGAGGGAGCAGUGGUGGAGCCAACCUCUUCCCAUAGACACCUGCAUCCGCCAAGUGCUGACUGAUGGCCCUUGUAUAGACGGGGUUUCCAGGCCUGUGGAUGAAAAAGCAGACGAAGAGCCACUCAAUAAUGAUGAAGCUGAAUCAGAUGUAAUUAAUGGACUCUACCUGGCGGGGUUCCGGCGGAGCCUCCGUCUGUGGCGGAGGAUGGCCUACAGGGGGUGUCGUCUCUCCUGCUCCUCCUGCUACUCCUGCUCCCCGCACAGCACCUCCCUAUCCAACCCUUAUGAGGAGGUGGUCCUCUACCAGCGCUCCCCCCAGGAGAACCCCCGCCUCAUUGUUCUUGUGGGAACUUCAGGGGUCGGAGUGAAUGAACUGAGGAAGAAUCUCAUCAGGAUGAAGCCCUCCUUAUUCAAGGGUCCCAUACCACGUCUGUACUCGCUUCCCACCUUGUAUCAUGGACCCCUUUACCAUCUCUAUACCCUCCGUAUUACCUGCUGUGUCUGUGUGUCAUUAGAUACCACCCGACCAAUGAGAGAAGGGGAACAGACAGGGAGAGAGUACCACUUUGUCACCAGAGAGCUGUUUGAGUACAUGGUCUGCAACAACAGGUUCCUGGAGUAUGGGCUCUGCAGGGGCCACCUGUACGGGACCAGCAGCGAUGCCAUCAGAGAGGUGCUGAGGAAAGGCAGGAUCUGCAUCAUCGACGCUGAGCCUCAUAGUCUCCAUGCGCUGCGCAGCAGGAAGUUGAAGCCCUACGUGAUCUUCAUCCGACCCCCAGAGCGUGACGUCCUGAGACUGACCCGGCAGCACGCCCGCAUCCUCACCUCCUGCUGCAGCUGCAGAGCCUAUACCGAGGAGGACUAUGAGGAGCUGGAGGAGGCGUCAGGGCUGAUGGAGAUGAAGUACCGCCAGCUAUUCGACCGGACGGUGGAGAACGGAAGGCUGGAGGAGGCGACGGCGGAGCUGCUCUCUGUCAUCCAGGAGGCGCAGGAGGAGGAGCAGUGGGUCCCUGCUCCCUGGAGUGUCCCAGAAGAGUCCAGACGGGAGGAGCGGAGGGACAAGGGGAUCCGGGAGGAGCGGAGAGGAGGUCUGACCUACACCAUGGACUACACCAGCGAUGUGUACUAGGAGGAAUACCUUAUGGCCGUCGCACUCCGGCGAGCCGUCCACUGGCAUGCAACCUUAUAUCAGUUCUGAAACAUCAUUUCUAACGUGAGCGCUCUGACCCGAAGCUCAUUCCAGCUCUGCUCAAAAGCUUGUCGCACCGUGCGGCGCCAUGAAACACAGAACAAGCCCUCGAAUCAAACCAAACGGCGUGUUUUGUCCUUUCUACGAAGCAGUGGUCCGUGGCUCGUCUGGUGUGCCACCAGCUUUAACUCAGACAGAGAUAGUCAGUUCACCUUUUCGCUAACAUAUGCAAGAAAAACUCCAGUUAAGCACAAUAACUGCUUUUAAACUGAGGAGUUCACAUGCAGUGAGGUGAAGCCGUACAUAAAGACUGGGGGCUUACGCUAACGUUACGCCAGAGGUUGGAAGCUGCAGAUGCAUGGUUCAAAAACCAAACACAAACUGCAGCAUUUGACUCAAGCCAUGUUUCCACCCAAAACGACGCAUUACUUUUGGUCCACGGAACUGCCUUUCAGGGAACUGGAAGGUUCUUUCGGCCCCUUGAAUGAAGACCCUCUUAAGUUAGGAAGAUUAAGCUCCUUAACAUCAGAUAUAUAACGACAAGGACAUGACAAAUUGAGUAACUUAACAUCAGGUAUAUAAGGACAAGGACAUGAACAAUUAUUUCCCUUUACAUCAGGUAUAUAACGAAUAAAGGACAUUACAAAGCGAGAAAUAAUGAGAGAACAAUCAUUGCAUCAUCGGUUACGACGUGAAUAUGCAGCAUUUUCCAGAGUUUAACUGGACGGACCCUGAAGCUCAUACAGCCAGAGUGUGUGUUGAGUGUAGAGUGCAUGCUCCUGUGGGUUUAGCCGAUGAUCAUAGAGCUAGUUUUAAAUCCAGUUUGCAGGACAAGGGGGACUAUGACCAAUAGCGUGAGUGCGUUCUGUUAUUCAUCCAUAUUUUGGAGUCAAUCUUUUUUUAGGUUGAUUCCCUGCUCAAUAACUAAAAGUAGUCUAUUCCUCUUUCGGAGGACUGUAGCGAUACAAAUGCCCAUCUUCAUUUUAUUGAAUGAAACGCACGUAACAGAUAGUGAUAAUUAUAGGUCUAUGAUGGUAGUUUACCACUCGGGAUGAUCAAUACAUAUAACAGAUAUUGAUAACUAUAGGUCUAUGAUGGUAAUUUACCACUAUGAUUUAAAUUACCACUACUACAGAUUUUUUACAUUUGAGGGCAUUUAGCAGACGCUUUUAUCCAAAGCGACUUACAUCACAUUGAAACACCAACGGCAGAGUCAACCAUGCAAGGUGACAGCCAGCUCGUCAGGAGCAGUUAGGGUAAAGUGUCUUGCUCAGGGACACAUCAACACUCUGGGGAGCUGGGGACUAGCAACCUUUCGGUUACAAGACAACUGCUCUACCUCCUGAGCUAACACCGACUCCUCACACACACACACACACACACACACACACACACACACACACACACACACACACACACACACACACACACACACACACACACACACACACACACACACACACACACACACACACACACACACA